AUGGACCUUGCUGUCUCCAACUCGCCUGCUACGUCUCGUAGGCCCUCAGCUCAAAUCCAGAGCCAACCUGAGGCUAUUCAGCCGAAACAUGUCAAUUCGGCAGAUAUCACUCCCAAUCCGCUUGUCAGUUCCAAGUUGGGAAAUAUGGGCCGCCCUUCGCUCAGUGAAGACCAUAUGGGCAAGAAACUUGACCCACUUCAACCUUCCGCUAUGGACAAGAUACUUGCUAAGCUUUCUCCAAAGAACCGCUCCUCCAUUGGCUCUUCCUGUGAACAGGCGGCUCCCAAGGCUGCUUCAAACGUUGCUGCUUACGUUUCAUCGGUUAUUAAUGAGCCCACGGGCAUGGGGGGCAAUGGAGAAGCUAAUAAGGAUCAAGUCGAUAACCGGGAGGUGCUUCGUCUGCAGCAGGAAUUGAUGGCUGCAAAUUCUCGCAUUGCUAUGCAAGAACAGGAGCUUGCUCAAACAAGAGUCAUCAAGCAAACACUUGAUCAGGCUAUGGGGCCUUCCUCUGAGGUUGAUUUCGGGGGAAGAGAUGUCACUGAGCAUACUCUUAGUACAUUGCAGCAUGCAUUUAAUGCAUCAUCUGUCCGUCCCCUUGGUACUCAACGCCAGGACUUCUGGGUAAACCAAGAUGAUUCUCACUCUGACGUCUCGGAAGCCGUCUCGGCAGGUGGUUAUAACCAGGCCCGUGGGAUUUGGAACAAUCCUAGCAUGGCCCAUACUGGGUUUCGCGAUUUCAGUAUGACGGGCACCACCGCGUUUACUCCGAAUUGGGGUACCCAACUUACCCGUCAAGCAAGUUUAAUGUCAAACCAACGUAUUUCCCCUGGACCGGGCAGUCCUCCAUUUGAGCAAGGACAACCGUUUUCCCAAGGCCUGCGCCGUUCUGUUACCCAGGUAAAUCGUAACAAUUCUUGUUUCCCUCCUCAGAGCUCCCCAUGGGGCGCUUUCACUGCAGGAACGACUAGUGCCGCACUUCCCAGACCUAUUAAUCCGCCCUCCAUACAGACUGGACUAUUCAAUGUGGCCCCCUAUCACCCCCGUCCCAUCGGAACCCCCCUCUCUCCAACUGCCGCUGAAUUUACUUCAUUCAACAGUGGCACAUGGACACCAACGACCAGCAGCUCCCAGACCUACGUUUCGCCACUCGAGCCAAUGAACUACCGGCGUUUACUUGAUAAAAGUGUUUCUUGCGAUUGGAAAUACAUUGUGGAUAAGAUUGUCUGCAAUAAUGACCAACAAGCCUCGAUCUUUUUACAACAGAAACUGAAGGUCGGGACUUCAGACCAAAAGUAUGAAAUUAUUGAAGCUAUCGUUAGCCAGGCUUACCCCCUUAUGGUCAACCGCUUUGGAAACUUUUUGGUCCAGCGCUGCUUCGAGCAUGGGACGCCAGAGCAAGUCAUUUCUAUUGCUAAUGCCAUUCGUGGCAACACUUUAAGUUUGAGUAUGGACCCUUUUGGUUGUCAUGUUAUUCAAAAAGCAUUCGAUUGCGUCCCUGAGGAGCACAAGGCUGUAAUGGUGCACGAACUUCUUCGUCGAAUCCCCGAAACCGUGAUCCAUCGUUAUGCAUGUCAUGUUUGGCAGAAGCUUUUUGAGUUACGCUGGAGCAAUGAGCCUCCUCAGAUCAUGGCUAAGGUUAACGAAGCUCUUCGUGGUAUGUGGCAUGAAGUCGCCUUGGGAGAGACUGGCAGUUUGGUUGUGCAGAAUAUUUUUGAGAACUGCGUAGAGGAUGAAAAGCGCCCUGCCAUUGAGGAAGUUCUUGCCAAAAUUGAUCUUCUAGCCCACGGCCAAUUUGGAAAUUGGUGCAUUCAACAUAUCUGUGAACACGGCGCCCCCCACGAUAAAAGCCGCGCCAUUGAGCACAUUCUUUCUUGGGCGACUGAUUACAGUAUGGAUCAGUUCGCUUCAAAGGUGGUAGAAAAGUGCCUGAAAAUCGGCGGUUCCGAAUUCCUCGAUCGUUAUCUCACUAGAGUUUGCACUGGCCGUCCUGACCGUCCUCGCAUGCCGCUAAUUGAUAUUGCCGGAGAUCAGUACGGGAACUACUUGAUUCAAUGGAUUCUGAUGAAUGCCGCUACUCACCAACGAGAACUUGUAGCAAGCCACAUCCGGAAACAUAUGGUGUCACUUCGUGGCUCCAAAUUUGGUUCUCGUGUUGCUAUGCUCUGUUGCAAUCCAAGCCACGUUACCCGCCCGGGUCCAGGGGCUGGCUUACAAGUUAAUCGAUUUACGACUCCGAACGAAGAUCGUUUCGCCUCGACUACAUCUACCAGCAACAAUAGAUUCAAUCGUAGCGGCCAAUGGACUCCUGCAUAUCCUCCAUUUCGCUAA